AUGAACGCGACCACGACCACGCCGGCACCGACACCCACGCCCGCCGAAAACAUCACCACGACGUCGACGUACUCGUGGACGUCCUACGCUGGCGUCGACUACCGCGGAGACAACGAGUACCUGUUCGAGCGGUACUCGGACGCGCCUCCCCCCGGCAUCGUCCCGGCCAUCACGCUCCCCGUGGUCAUCGUGCUCUUCCUGCUCAUCUUCCCAUGGGUGUUCACGCGGUACGCGCGCGAGACGAAGCGCCGCGAGCGCGCAUACGCUGCGUGGCUUAUCGGCUCGCAAGCGGCCGAGGCGGCCGCACACGCCGCCGACAAGGCCGCCGACGACGGCGGUGUCCCCCCACCAUACACUGCCCCCUCCUCGGCCCUCGCCGCGGCCGGCGCCGCUGCAGUGCUCGCGACGCCUUCCGCCGCGCGCGUGACUACCGUCCCGGUGCUCGUGCCCACCGGCGGCGGACACACGUACACCAUGGCCGCGACGACGGUCGCGGACGCGACAGUCCGCACGACGGUCAAGGUCAACAUCACCAUGACGGCGCCGUACCGCUACGCGACGCAGCACACAAUGUACACGCGCUACGACGACGAGAUCUACGCCGUUAUGGGCACGCUCUUCCCCAUCCUCGCGGUGGUUAUCAUCUUUGGCGGGUGGGGAUGGUACCUCGUCGUGCAGAGACGUAACAUCGACCGCAGGAUGCGUGCGGCGGGUCUGAGGCCAUAA